AAUUAAUUUUAUAAAUUAUAGGAAAAAAAAAAUUCUUGUUCAGUGUAAAGUUGAACAAGAAUUUGAUCAUCAUAAUGGAAGCCUCUGCCGGAGUUUUACGCCGAUUUCCUUCAGUCACCGGCGCCGGUGCCGGAAUUAGCAACAAUCCAUUGAAUCGUAGUUGUAGAUUUUCAUGUUUUAGUUUGAAAUCGGUGAAGAAGGAAUUAGUGGGUUGUGAGUUUUACGAUGAGGGUUGUUUGGAGUAUUAUUCUUCUGGUAGAGGUGGAAUUAUUAGGUGUGGGAAGAAGAAGAAAGAGAAGGAUAUGGGGGAGUUGAAGAAAACGAAGAAGAAGAUGAAAUUACUUAAGGGUUUGACGAGGAAUUUGUCGAAUUUGAAUGAGAUGGGAUUAGGGUUUGGUUGUGAUGUUGAUUUGGUUGAUCAAGUUCAAGGGAAGACAAUUUCGGAGGCGGCGGAUCUAUUGCUGGGACAGCUUCAACAGCUAAAGGCAGAGGAGAAGGAGUUGAAGAGGAAAAGAAAAGAAGAAAAAGCGCAAAUGAAGAUGAAAGUAGCAGCAAGUCAAGUACAGAGCAACACAAGGAGCUGUGCAAUGUCAUCAUCUUCAAGCUCGUCUUCAGAAUCGAGUGAAUCAAGUGAUGAUGAAUGUCAAAAUUUGGUUGACAUGAAAAGCCUGAAAAUCGGAACACUUGCUCAAACAAUUCCUGAAGCGUGUGAUCGAGCACUUGAGAAUGCAACACUAAAUCCUUUCCUUUCAACUCCAGAAGUGGAUACAACAGUAGAGAUCUCAAGCAUGCCAUCAACUUCCACUGAGGAAUCAACUGGGAAGACGACAAGUUUAGAAUUUUCAGUCCCUGAGCAAAAAGGCGAAUGCUGCUUGGAAGCUAGUGAUUGUCACAUUGGCAAUGUAGGCAGCAGUAGGUCUAAUGUAUCAUCUAUAGCAGCAGCUACAACAACAACAGCAGAGGGGACAAAGAGAAUCGAAGUAUGUAUGGGUGGUAAGUGCAAGAGAUUGGGCGCUGGAGCGUUAUUAGAAGAAUUCCAACGCGUUGCUGGGAUUGAAGCUGCAGUCUCUGGUUGCAAAUGCAUGGGUAAGUGUAAAGUUGGUCCUAAUGUCAGAGUUUCAGGGUGUAGCAGCAGCUCGGAAGCUUUCCAAGCCGGUGACUCGGUUGCUGUUAGCUCUACUCCAACUACUAGUAACUCUCUAUGUAUUGGGGUUGGCUUAGAGGAUGUGAGUCUAAUUGCAGCCAAUUUACUUGGCAGAUAUCAAGAAGUAGGGCUGGCUAAUGCUUUGCCUUAAAUGUUCUUUUCUUUCAUUAGCAAUAUAGUAGGUAGGUUUUUGGGAUUUUGGCAAUGAGUUUGAAUCUUUUUUUGUUAUGUAAAUAUCAGCAAUAUAGAUAAAGUUUGCUAUUUAUGUGAAUAUUAUCAUUAUAUAGUGA